AAAGGGGCAAAGAUAGUUUUAAUGAGUCAACUUUUUCGGGGUUUUAGCGAGGAAUAAAUAAAUGAUAGUAUUCUUUCAACUUAUCAUCAAGAUAAUUCUUUUACUUUUUUGCUCUUAUUGUUAGUGCAGGUUUUUCACUGCACGAAAAGUGAGUGAAAAGCGCUACUCGAGAUGAAACAGGAAAUAUUCACGAUUUUCCCCCACGUACGUCAGUUUGCUGUUAAAAGCAUGGCCGACACACGGACUCCGGGGGGAUUCCUAAUAUGUCUUCAUCAAAAUGACACAAUUUUACACCAGUCGCAGCGGAAGCGGUGUUCCAUUUUCAUAUUAGUCGACUGAUGAGAGCAAUAUGUAGUUGAAAGCGAUGAUAUCUUUUAGAUUUCAUUGUCAAUAUAAAUUACCUUGGUACGGGCCACUUUUCAAUUUCUCGAUUUGACGAAAACGUUGCGUUAGGUACUUGGAAAAUCCACUGCAUUUGGAAUGCGAGAAUGACUUAUUAAAAAUAUUUUUGUGAAUAUUUGCGAUGAAUCAUUCAAUAUUUGAAUGACGAAAUCCUCGGUAUAUCAGAUAGCAGCUUAUAUUCCCUGAAUUCAAACAUUUUCGGGAGCUACAUCGCAUAUUGAUUUCGGGUCAAACUCUUCAAAUGCGCCUCGCAAUCUAAAUUUUCAGCAUUAAUGCAUUCGUUUAUUUUUCAUAAGUGAAUGCGGUGGUUUGUAUUCUUCUCAUUUAUACGUCAUCAUUUUAGACCUCUAUGGUCUGCUACACCGGAAGCAUUGCUCCAUUGAAUUUAAAAUCUCAUAGAAUUUUCCAGCAUUGCAGCACGGAGCGCUUGUGUUUCUAUAUAUUAUUCUAUCAAAACACAUAACAUCAUCGGUAAAAUUCAAUCAAGAUAUAGAAGAAUAAUUUUUCUUGAACAACAUGCCUCUGCAGAGUAGCCAAUAUAGAUUUAAAAUGUGUUUUAUGAAUUCCAUUGUCUUGUAUUUUACACGAUGAUAGCUAUACCAUAAUUUAAAUUCAGAAUUGAAAACCAUAACUGGAGUAGGAAAUCUCGUGAGCAGAAGUGCCUGCAAGGCUGCCAGAGUUUCUAUUCGCCAGAUUUUGAUUUAAUCUCUAAAAAGCCAUGGUAAAGAAAAAUAUGAAUGAAACGAUAACUCAUAAUAAUCACGAAAAUCUUUGCAAAAUAAGAGAACAAAUUAAUUUUCAAAUUCCAUUUGAACUUUAUACUCACUCCCUUCAACCAUAUACGUUACGUAAGAUUUUACUGUUUGAAUCCUAUGGAUCACGCUCAUAGAGUCGGAUGUGUUGUUGGAAAUUUCCCAACCGUUUGUCAGGAUAUUGGCAACUGCACUUCACUCACACCAGUUGGUUCGUGGACAUGGCCAGCGAAAAUGCAGCUCAGAAUCAGAGCACACAUUUUUAAUAUAAUUUCGCUUUCCCAAUUCAUCUUGACGACCAGUCUCACUGCAUCAGAAGAAUGUUAUAUAAAGUCAAUAAGCAAAGUAAAUGACCCUUACUGGAGUAAAGCAUCCCUUGAGAAUGUGUGCAUUCAAAACUGCAACAGUUUCUUUUCAUCGAAUAUGGAUUCAAUUUCAUCAAAGCCGAUAUUUCGCGAGCCUGUUUUCGAACCCUUACAGGAGUCGGUGGAUUGCUUUCAAGUGACAAGAAAUGUGAUUACCACCUGCAGAUUCAAGCUUAAAGGCCUUUCUCUACAGCAAUUCGGGGAUCUACCUUUGUUGCACUUUGGAGCUAACGGAGCCUCUCGAUUCGAGGGAGAAAAAUAUUGCAGACAACACGGGCUUAAUUUUGGCCUUGAGGAUGUAAAAAAGAUUGAUCAGCCGAAUCUUUUACGGAUUUGGGCGCCUUCUUUGCGAUUUGCGGGGUCUAAUCUCACCUGCUUCGUAUUUGUGAAGAAACUCGGGACUUACGUAAUGGAGCAGGAGGACUGUCGCACCAGAAAUACGUUUGCUUGCAGCUUGCCCGAGAUUUGUCACAACACCUUCUGCAUUUCAAACCGCAAGAAACUUGACAGCAGACAAUCAAAAUGUUUCCCAAAUUGUCCUGAACCAAACUGCAACGACGAGCCACCAGAAAAAAUGGGCUAUUGUAUAAUUUUGAUCAUUAUUUGUUUACUGAAUAGAUUGUUAAUAUUGGACGGUUUAAUUGUAGCGGAUGGAGAUGGUGUGCGAUUUGAAGCUUGUGGUCGAAGAUAUGUUGUUUCAAAAGCAGCGAUGAACUUUUCUUCUGCUGCAGUGUUCUGCUGCUCAAAACUCAUGGACUUAGCUGGCGUGGAGACCGAAACCGAAAUGAACUGUUUGUUUGCAGAGCUGACAAAACGGGGACAGGAAAAAAUACAAAUGUGGACAUCAGGCGACUCAGAACCAUGUGGGAAGUCAUUUGCAUGGUGCGCGAGUCGAGAGAUGAUUGACAACAACGCUCUGAAAUGGAAUGAACCGUUGGAGGUUGGAACAAAAGGCAAAAUUUCAGUGUCAAUUGGAGCACAAUCUUUGGAAUUUCGCUCUGAAGGAGAAAAAACCUUCAAACGAGCUCUGUGCGAAAGCGCCCUCCAAGAAAACUGUACAAACUCAAGGUGCUUAAAUUAUGAAUGUUCUUUUGAGAAAGAAUUUGCGGAAAAAACGAUGAAAGGACUCAGGGAAAAAAUUAGCAAAGACUACAUGCUGCUAGUUGGAUGCGGCAUGGCUCAUAUUGACGUUAAUGUUGCCAGCUUUAGGAACUCUUUCCAUGGUGCGUAUAAAAUGUGCUGCGUGGGUGCUGGCAGGCUCUUGACUAUUGAAACAAAGGAAAAGUACGAUUGUUUGCAAAGCUUUUUCAAAGAGAACGGCGUGCCUAAAAAUCGCUACUGGAUCGGAGGCGCCUCUUUGAGCUGUCCAAGUAUCAACCGGUGGUGUAAUGGAAAAGAUAACCCUCUAAUUGGCAAUUUCGUGAACUGGGCAAAGGGGGAACCUUCAAUUGACUCGAGAAAAGAGUGCGUGUAUGCUGACUAUGACAACGUCACGUCCACUCUCACUCUUGGAAAAAUCAACUGCAAAACGCCAAUGCUUUUUAUAUGCGAACAUGAAUUCUAAUAUAUUUAAGACUAUAAAUCAUCUAUUUAGUGAGGAUAAAAAUCGUAAAAAAUUGUUAAGCUACAUCAGAAAAAAUACUAGAAUUUCUUGUUAUCAAAUAAUUUUAAAUAUUAUGCAUUGAGAUUAAGAUUAAAACCAACAAAAAGUCAUCCGCAAUGCUAAGUCUUAAAAUUAUCAAAAUGAUUAUAGGCGCAAAUCCACUUACUGCAAGCCACCAUGAUUUUAUUUGAUUUUUAGUUACAAUAUAGUGUUUUUAUGACGCAUUUUUUCUUACUCACCGCAUGCUAUCACGUAUUUCAAACAUAGUUUGUGCGUCAUUUUAACAAGAGAGAGCCACUUUGCAAUCUGCAAUGACACAUUCUAGGAUGACCAACUUGCUGCAUAUUUAUUGUUUCACUUUUACAUCAUUUCUAGUGAGUAAAGAAAUAAAUCACAAUUGAGUUUAACCACCUCUCACCCACUUUUUCAUUAGGUUUCCCAGAAAACGGAGAUUCGCAAAGAAUGCUUGCUUAUUCAAGAACAUUUUGGAAAUGUUUGCAAGUCGAUUUCAGAAUUUUCACGAUAAGCUGCUCCAAUACGAUUUUAAUUUUGAAAAUUAGUUAAUGAUUUACACCGAUGACUAUUAAUCCAAUUAAUGCUCCUUCAAAAUCUUAAAUUGUGGAACCGGAAUUGUUGUUAAUUACAUCCAAUAAGUUAAUAAUAACCUUAAAUUGAGUUGAAUAAUGAUACAAAAUUAAUUUGUAAGAAGAACUAAAUUUUAUUAUUCAAUGGAUUGUUUGCAUGUUUCUGAUCAUAAAAAUAAAAUGUUUGAACCUUGAAA